AACAGCCAGCCGGUGACUAAAUAAACUGAUUAGUGGGCGGCGACAGUGUUAAAGUUAAGUUAGUCUAGUGUCAUGGUUAAAAAAUUUGUUUUGUAUUUUAGAAUGUAUUGUUAUUGUAGGAUUGUAGAUGUAGUUUUUGGUUCUUGGUGUGAAGUGUUGUGAGAUUUCUAACUUGACAGAGAUUUAAAAAAUCUGUCAUAAGUCAUAAUAGUCAAGAAUUUUAUUUACCUUACCUCCUGGUUGAUUCCUAUGUGGUAAGGAUUCCCAGGACGUUCAGAUGUUGAGCUAUUUAAGAUUUAUAGGUAAAUUGUGAUUCGAGCUAAUCAAUGAAAAUAUAGAAUCGAAGAAAAAAAUUAAAAGAUGAUAAAAACUAGUUGAUUGAAAAUGAUAUUUUGUAUACUAUGGUAUUAAAAAGACUUAUUAGAAUAAAUUUUACCAAACUUGCUGUGUGCCUUAUAGGAAUUAUACAUGCAAUACUUCUUUAUUUUGGUAUAAACACUAUUGUGAGUGAAUCACUUUAUUAUGAAAACAACGAUGAUUUACAAUUCAGGGAAAACAUUGAAGGCCUUGUUUUAUAUGGACUACACAUAAUAAUUAUAGCUUUUCUAUUCUACUCUAUCUGUAAGAACGCAGUUAUAUUUUUGUUGCCAUGGUUAUUUAUUACGUUUUUACCCUUCAUUUACAUGACAUUUAUGGUUAUAAAAGGAAUCAAGCAUAUGAGAUGGUAUUUAGUUGAUGAUCUCAUAUUGAAUUUUAUUUAUGUUGGUAUUUGCUGGCUGUUUUGGUGCAUAAUAUUUCUUAUUUAUAGAAAUGGAGAUUUUAGAAAGGCGGAGAAAGUUGAGAGAAUAUACGAUAUUUUUGCUAAUGUUCGUUAUAAACUAAUAAAAGACGAUCGUUGAUUUA